AUGCCUCCCACGGGUGAACCGAAGGGGAAGAAGCAGCGGCCCAAGGACAAGCACUACCACCUGGCAAAGGAGCGAGGAUACCGCAGCCGCGCGGCCUGCAAGCUGCUCCAGCUCGACGACCGCUUCCGGUUCCUCCGGUCGGCGCCAGGGGGGUGGACCCAGCUCGCCGUCAGCCGCGCCACCGUCGGCGCCCUCGUCGUUGGCGUCGACCUCGCGCCCGUCCACCCCAUCCGCGGCGCGCGUCUCCUCAAGCAGGGCUUCACCGCUCCCAAGUGCAGCUCCAAAGUGCGCAGGCUCAUGGACUCCAGGGGCGUCGCGGCGUUUGACGUCGUCCUCCACGACGGCGAUGUCCGGAGUAAAAAGAGAAGAAACCGCUCGGUGUACGACGGAGCUGCCGCAUCGCCGGCACAGGAGGAGGCCCUGACCACGCAGUCAGCCCUCGUCAUCAACGCCGUCCGGCAGGCCACCAUGUUCCUCUCCCCCAGCGGCGCCUUCACCACCAAGUUCUUCAGGUGUCAAGAUUACCAUGCUAUCAUGUUCUGUCUCAAGCAGCUAUUUGAGAGAGUUGAGUUCACUAGACCUUCAGCAAGUCGGCGCAGACCAGCUGAAAUUUACCUCGUCUGUCUGAAAUAUAAAUCCCCUGCAAAGAUUCAGCCAGAACUUCUUGAUUUGAAGCACUUGCACUUGUUGAGUGUGGAUGCAGAAAAGAGCAAGCGGAAGAGACGGCCUGGAGGCCGGAAAUGGUGGAUGAUUGGUCUAGCAUCAGAUUUUAUAUGGUCUAACGCCCAGACACCACUUGAGUUUCUUGGUUCUUUUAUGGCCAUUUCAUUUGAUGAUCCAGCAUCUCUGCCUAUCAAGAUUCAUGAGCUUACUACAGAGGAGGUAAUAUGGAUUUGUGGGGAUUUACUUCUGAUGGGUAAAAAUAGCUUGAAGUAUAUCCUAAAAUGGCGCAUGCGCAUAAGGAAUGCACUUUCAUUUUCACAAGUUAUACCAACGGCUGACGGUACCGCGAUGGGCACGAAGGGCAAAGAUGAUGACCAACUUUUACGGGAGAUGGAGGAACUUAUGAGUGUCAUUAGUACAAAGGAAAGGAGAGAGAAUAAGCGCCAGUCAAAGCGUCAGACAAAGGAUAAAGCACAUAAGGCAAUAAGAAUGCAAAUUGAUGCUACAGAAUAUUGUUACGGCGACCCUGACUUGUUUUCUGUUAGUGAUACCAAGGGUGGAAAAGAAACUCAAGCUGUUCAGUCUGGAGAAGAUGGAGACAGUAAGAAUGAAGAAACUCAAACUGAUGAGGACUCUGACAAGGCCAUAGAUUCUGAUGAAGAACUGCAGAGGUAUGAAACUCAACUUGAGGAUAUGCUCGAUGAAGCUUACGAGCGCAUAAUGGCUACAAGAGGUGGAGGAGUAAAACAAGGUGUUGAAGAAUCAGAUGAUGGUGUGACAGGGAUGAAGGUUUGUGAUGAAGAUCACUAUCAGGAGGCCAAUCCCCUUUCAUCGUCUCUAGGUACAGAGAGAAGCUAACAAAAGAGCAGCUUCGAAAUAUGUGGUUCAGUCAGGAUGUGUUCCCAUAAUCUGUUUUUACCGAGGCAGUGUUGCGGUGGGCCCUCCCCUAGGUGCGCAAUGGC